AUGACGGCAGUAAGUUCUCCUGAAGUGCGAAAGCAACGACAACAAUUAGCAUAUGCAUUACAGGCACUCAAAGUAUACAAUCCAGACUUUGUCUUGACUCCUGAAGUACAAGAAAUCAUGCGUGCUUUUUUUGUAGAUUUACAACCAGAUGAACACGGAACUAUCACGCGUGGUGCAUUAGCAGAUGAGAUUGCGCGAUUAGAUCCAAGUAUUGAUACAAAACGAUGUGUGCGACAUGAUAUGAUACUACGACGUGAAGAGCGUUUGGAUUUUAUUGCUUUUUGUGAUUGGGUAAUGCGUUGGAAGGUACAAAAUCCGCAAUCUGUACAAAAUGUUUACACAUCAUGGGCAAGACAACUUGCAGCUUUGGAUUUUGGCAUGAGUGAAGGUGAUAGUCUAUUUUUAGAUUUAAAACCGGAAGAUGAACCAUCCAAUGAAAUGCUUGCAAUGGAAAUUAUACAAUUAUUGCAAAUUCGACAAAAAAGCAAAAGUCUUACAGAGGUUGCACGAAGUAAUGGUAUUCAUCCAGUCGAUACGUUUGAAAUAGAUACAGCAAAAAUACACCAUGUUGAUAAUGUCAACAUAGUGAACAAGAGAUCCUCCAUGCAGACCGUGUCUAAAUCAUUUCUCGCAGGAGGAAUGGCGGGUAUUGUAGCCAAGUCAACGUUAGCACCAUUGGAUCGCGUCAAAAUUUUAUUCCAAGUCAAUGACCAGCGAAAAUUCAGUUUUCGCAAUGCUGCUCGGAUGGCUAAAAAUAUUUACGUUCAUGAUGGUUUCCAUGCACUCUUUCGAGGCAAUAUGCUGAAUAUUCUGCGAGUAGUCCCUUAUGCAGGACUGCAGCACGCAGGGUUUGAUUUUUUUAGGCAUAGAUUCCAUGCGUACAAUUACCAGAAUGCCGAAAAAGACGGGAUUGAUGAGGUGCCAAAACUUAGUAAUUUACAGUUGGUGACGGCUGGGUCACUGGCAGGAGGAAUCUCUUUGGUUUUAGCAUACCCGCUGGAUAUUGUACGAGCGAGGUACAUGGUACAAAUGGGAAAGCAUCGUUACACUAGUAUCUACGACGCUGUCAUGACAAUGUACAAGGUAGAUGGUGUACGGUCGUUUUCGCGCGGACUUGUGCCGUCCUUGUUAGGCACGCUGCCGUACACUGGAAUCGGAUUUUCGCUGAAUGAACGAUUUAAGAUAUGGACGCUUGAGUUUCAGAGUCGUCGAUUGGAACAGAAAUGUGGAAUAAGUGCACCCGAGCCAAGUCUAAAUGCGCUGACCAAGUUUGUGUGCUCGUACUUUGCGGCAUGCAUUGCACAAACGAUCACAUAUCCGCUGGACACCAUUAGAAGGCGAAUUCAAACGGACGGCUAUGUCACGAAAUCUCAGGCAAAACUGCAAUACACUGGUGUGACUACUACUGCCCGAAUCAUUUUAGCACGUGAAGGCUGGCGGGGCCUGUUCAAGGGUGUGUCAGUGAAUUGGAUGCGAAGCCCCGUAUCAACCGGCAUUAGCUUAACGACGUAUGAUGUAUUGAAGGAGCUAAUGGGAGUCGAAAAGAUAGAGUAA